AUGUCGUCCUCUAAUACCCUCUUGACCUUCAUGACCCUGAUCCUAUCACUUCUCAAAUGCACGGUUUCCCAGAGCAACAGUAUUGUGUUUCAUCUUCUGGAGGAGCAGAAAGCCAACACGUUUGUGGGAGAUGUGGCUGAAGCCAGCGGGGUUCGUUCAGAAGUUGCUCCGGCCAAUGCUAAGAAACUUCGGUACCAGAUUCUCGGCUCAGACGGUCUAAGUCUCUCCUCUCUGUUUAUAAUAAACAGUCACUCUGGAAUAGUGUACACCACGGCGAUGAUCAACCGCGAAGAGGUGUGUGAAUCAGCUGUCGUCAGCUGUAGGCUAGAAUUUGAUGUCACCGUCAAGCUUGAUGCUUCUGUUUUGAAGAUCUUCCAUGUUGUAGUUGUUAUUGAUGACAUUAACGACAAUGCCCCAACGUUUCCAAACAAACGUCUUCUUCUCAGCAUUUCAGAAUCUUAUCCAAAAGGAAGUGAUUAUUCCGUUUCCGGCGCCGUCGACCCGGAUGCGCAGAUGGGAGCUAAAAUUACGUACUGGAUUGACGAAAACCCAGUGUUUGAACUUAAGGAGGAAAAAUUGCUAGGUGUAUCCCUGUUAAAGUUGGUGCUUCUUCAAGAUCUAGAUCGAGAAAACCAGAGCGAGUACCAUCUUCACAUCUACGCUAAAGAUGGAGACAGUAGCUCUGCGCUGACCGGAACAUUGUCUCUAACUAUCACCAUUACAGAUGUCAAUGACAACAGCCCACAGUUUAUCCAGCCGACCUUCAACUUUAACGUUUCCGAAGACGCAGAAGUUAACAGUUUUGUUGGAACCGUAAACGCCACUGAUUUAGAUUCCGGCGAGAACGGCCGCAUUACAUUUAUGUUUAGUCCAUUAACUUCAAACAGAGUUCUACAGCUCUUUACUCUCCACCCAGACACAGGCGUUGUUUCGGUGAAAUCCACUCUUGAGUAUGAAUCCGGAAGAACGUUUCAGGCAGUUAUUGUAGCGAAAGACCACGGGGAAUCCCCUAAAGCGUCACAAACAGUUUUGAUGAUCAAUGUUCUUGAUGUUGGAAACACACCUCCUCAAGUAUCGCUCAUUCUGGCUGCUCCGAUGCAUCAAAACAUCAUAGUGUUGCCUGAAGACCUUCCAGAGGCAUCGUUCGUUGGAAGGCUGAGGUAUCAGGAUUACGACGAAGGAGACGGCGGUGUUGUCGAGUGCCUAUCAUUAAAUACUUAUUUCACGCUGAAACCCCUGGAAGAAAAAGGUUUUAAUAUAGAAACGAAGGCCCUGCUAGAUAGAGAAACUGAAAACAUCAUGAAUGUUGUUCUCAAAUGCUCAGAUCAUGGAUCUCUAAGCCUGUCGAGUUUUGUCAAUUUUACAGUUCAUGUUUCAGAUGUUAAUGAUAACAGUCCGGCCUUCGCUAUAUCCAGCUACAGCAAAACUGUGAUGGAAAACGACAAGUCUCAACAUAAUAUUAUCCAGAUAUCAGCGAAUGAUCAAGACGAGGGCAUCAACAAAGAAGUCACCUAUCACUUAACAAUGAACAGUAGUAAUUCCUUUAGCAUUGACCCUUUCACCGGCUGGAUUUCGUUAAAUUCACCCGUUGACAGGGAAGUUGAGCCAAUCAUUUAUUUGACUGUCGAAGCGGUCGAUAAGGGAAAGCCCUCUCUGACAGGGAGUGCCACGGUGACGAUCCUUGUGGAGGAUGUCAACGAUAACCCACCCCGGGUCACCAGGACGGAGUAUCAUGUCAAGGAGAAUGAGCUGCCUGGUACGUUCCUGGCCCAGAUUGUGGCAACCGACAGCGAUGAUGGAGUCAACGGAAAGUUAUCAUUUCAGUUAGUUUCUGAUUCUGGAAUGGGUUUUAAUAUUUCCAGAACUGGGGUCAUCACCACAACCAGAACGUUCGACAGAGAGUCCGUUAGCUACUACAACAUAGUCGUCUCAGUUAGUGACUCAGGGUCUCCGUCUCUCUCAACUACUACCACAAUUACCAUUACCAUCACAGACACAAAUGACCACAGUCCACAGAUUAUCUAUCCCUGGUCUGGGAACGACUCGUUGACCGUUAAUGCAAACACGUCUCCGGGGACAGUUAUAGCUACCGUGUCCGCAAUAGAUCUGGAUACUCAGAGAAACGGCCAGCUGCUCUACCUGAUUGCCGAAGGGAACCCUCGUCAGUUGUUCAACAUUGACAAUUCUACAGGUAAAAUCUUUCUUGCUAAACGACUCACCUCAAGCAGAGACACGACCUACAGACUAACAGUCUCUGUUCAAGAUGGUGGCAAUCCGCGUUUACACAACAAUACAUUUUUGCACAUCAAUGUUGACUUCAGCAACGCUUCUUUCAUCGACCCAGCCUCUGAUUUAGAGCAGAAGUACACGAUCAUUGCUGGCGUCAUCUCUGGCAUAACACUUAUCAUCGCUGUCACUAUUAUCGCUAUCAUUUUCAAGCUGAGAAGAAUGGACCCUAUGCAAUCUCCUCGGACUGCGCCAAAAUUAAAAGAAAUCACUUUUGUCACAAAUGACGCCAAACAUGCACCGGAAGUUAUACUUCCUCAAAUGUCUACUUUCCAGAUCAGAUCCCCAAAGAAGGAAGCGGCUUUUCCCAGCGACAAAAUUCAAGAUAGCGGCUUCAACACCUCAUUCCCUAACAGUUUGACCAGUGGUGGGGUUUCAGGCACUCACAAAUUGGACUUGAGUCAGGAGAUGUUAGGCCAGCAACAGAGAGCCUACUUCUGUCAUGUUUCUGAGGUAAGUUUUUGGGUCCUUCUAUGUAUAUUUUCUUGCCGCAUUGUAUGGGAGAAGCCAUCACUUAUAAGUCAAGCUGCUAAAUAUGUAAGUUGA